CCAAAUUUCAAGUAGAUCCGUUCAGUAUUGAAGGACUUAUGAGUUGUUCGAUUGAGCGAAAAGUUAAGUUUUGCAUGUGAGUUCGCAGCUAGGCGGGUCCGGAGAAGCGUCGAUUCGGUCUCUCUUCCUUAUCACAGCACGAGUCAAAAACUGUGUGCAUACAUAUUUAUGUCAGUAACAUGUAAAUUGUAUGGACAACAAUAAUUUGAAGUCGUCACGAGAAUGACAUCAUUCACUACCGCACGCCUCAUGCGCGGUGGCACCAAGCGAACUCUGCUUGUUGUCUCCGCGGUUAUCCUGGUCACCAUCGCGCUCGUGUCAAUCGACAAAUCUGGGCAGAACUCUGUGCAGUCACAACCAAUUUUAGAGCCUGAAGGCAAAAAGAAACCCGACCAUCGCGAUGAGCCGACGACUCACGUCGCAGAGGGUGACAAAAUUACCCUUAAAAAUAUUACCCCAAAACCAAUUCUGGAUUGGCACAACUUUUUCGAGUACAUAGAGGAGGCUGAUGGUUGUAGCAAUAUUAAAAUGUUUGGUGGAAAGCCAUACGGAGGAACCAAUGUUUUGGACGGCGACAAGGCUGUUUGUUUGGACGCCAACGUCGCGCCCACUCCAGGCUCCUGCAUCGUACUUUCCUUCGGCAUCAGCAACGAGUGGAGCUUUGACGACGCCAUGGAGCAAUUCGGCUGCAAGGUUGACGUGUUGCGAGGCAGGGAUCCGACAGUGUCUGAGAGUCGGGAGCGCAGCCAGCCUGAAGGCAAAAAGAAACCCGACCAUCGCGAUGAGCCGACGACUCACGUCGCAGAGGGUGACAAAAUUACCCUUAAAAAUACUACCCCAAAACCAAUUCUGAAUUGGCACAACUUUUUCGAGUACAUAGAGGAGGCUGAUGGUUGUAGCAAUAUUAAAAUGUUUGGUGGAAAGCCAUACGGAGGAACCAAUGUUUUGGACGGCGACAAGGCUGUUUGUUUGGACGCCAACGUCGCGCCCACUCCAGGCUCCUGCAUCGUACUUUCCUUCGGCAUCAGCAACGAGUGGAGCUUUGACGACGCCAUGGAGCAAUUCGGCUGCAAGGUGUACGCGUUUGACCCAACAAUGGGGCAGCAGGCCCACCUCAGGGGGCACGACAUUCACUUCCACCCUUGGGGGCUGGGGGGCGCCACCGGGGUCGCGUCCUACCAUGAGACUGAAAUACCGGUCUACACAUAUCGUGAUAUUCUGAAGAAGAUCAACGAAGAGCAGAGCAUAAUUGACUACCUCAAGAUCGACAUCGAGGGCUUCGAGGUUGAUUUCUUCAACAACGUCCUUAGCGAUGACGUAGAACUCCUGGCCAACGUCAAGCAGAUCGGCAUGGAGAUCCAUCCAGUGGCGUCAGAGUCCAUCAGAGACCAGAUGUGGAGCCAAAUUCGUUUGCUUCGCAGCCAUAAUUUCUCACAGGUGUCCAGUCUGCCCAACAUGGCAGGGGGCAAUAAUUAUAUAUUUGAGAACAAAACAGUUUCUCUGUGUUAUGAAAUACUUUGGGUUAAUGACAAGUUCCGUUAGGUUUCACGCCUCAUGUGACUAUUAUGUAGUAUCAAUGAAGGCAGAGUAUUUAGGGCUUUCAUAAUGGGUUUUCUCCUAUUUAGUUUUGGGCUUUUAGUGUGAAUAUUAUAAGUUCUAAGUAAGCUUUUAACGGACUAGUCAGCCUUAAUAGGUAGUUUGUCUAAGAAAAUCUGAUUUCAAAACUCUGCGGCCUCGCAGCUUACCCACUUGUAUGAAUGGCUGCGGAUGUAAACCUCAAAAGUAAUUCGAUCUGGUACCGGGCUCCAAAGGCGAUUUAAUCUGAAACAUCAACACCGAAAGCCACUGCGGCACAACCGAAACAAACCUGUAUUGACUUUGUCAUUCCCAUGGAUAUUUCGAUAGCGAUUAUGAAGAUAGGUAAGGUCUGUUGCCUGCAGGAGUAACGGCCGACCCUCCAUCACCCGGCCCAGUCCUUAGUCUCUGAAACUCCGUCGGCUUCUCCACAACCUUUUCGCUUGCGAAGAGUAAUGGGGACUGCUGUAUGGGUAACAGCCGACUUACCAAAUAUCACUCUGCCCAGUCUGUAGCUACCUUGGCUUCUGCACAGCCAUUCUCGCCGAUGUAGAACUCCUGACGCUGCGCCAUCGCCUCCUGAGACAGAUGCAUGGAUGUCGAGGACGAGUUCUGAACAAUUACGUUAUGUAAGUGAUGUUGAUCCAAAUGUGAAAAUUUUUUGCUCAAAUUAUCAGCCUCAAGAAGGAAACAGCACUUCAUAGAAGUAUAUUUGAAGAGAUAUAUUUCAACAUAAUUCUAUAAACAAUUUAUCUUAUCAACGAACCCGAUUUCAUAUCCAUAUUCAAGGGACUAUAAUUAUGCUGAUUUCUUCUCCAUAUUUUGUUUCGUUCUAGGCUAUAACCACACUAAUGUUUGCGUUGCAGAAAUUGGUUGGCACUUUAUUAAGAGAGUUCUAAUUUGACUUGCUAAUUCUCACAUGCACAUCGACCGUUUCAGGUAAAGAUGUUUGUUUCAAAAUCUUUACAUCGGCGAGUGUCUGCAUAAUUUGCUUUUCGUGGAAGAUUUUUACUGAGUAGGGGGGUGUUCGUUUUCAUCGUCAUUUGUUUAUUUCCAAAGAGAACCGGUUUUUUUACGCAUUUUAGAACAUCUGUGUGUUUUAAUAUUACCUCUGCCUAUUUGGAAAGCGUUGUUAAUGAAUAUCCAUAGCAAGA